AUGGCUGAAAACGACAUCCCCUCCACCAUGAAAGCAUGGCAAUACACUACCGCCGGCGCCGGGCUCGAAAAUACCAUGCAGAUCAACCCGUCCGCUCAACUCCCAAAACUCAAGUCAGACCAGAACCUCGUGCGCGUCAUCGCAAUGGCAGUCAACCCGGUCGACUACAAGAUCGCUGAGCUUCCAAUAGUCGGCCGCCUCGCUGUCUCGAACCCAGCAACACCCGGUCUGGACCUUGUUGGCCGUGUCGUGAAACCAGCUGCUGGCUCUCCGUUCAAAGUCGGGCAGCUGGUGUUCGGCGUCUCAGGCCCCACGGCCGCUGGUGGCGCGAUGGCCGAAUACGCUGCUGUCAACAGCACUGCUGCUGCCCCGUUACCGGAAGGUGUUGAUCCAUUGAAGGCCUGCACUGUUGGAAUCGCAGGUCUGUCCGCCUGCCAAUCGAUUCUGCCAUACGUCAAAGACGGAUCGAGAGUCUUUCUCAAUGGCGGUUCGGGAGGCGUAGGCACCUUCGGCAUUCAAAUCGCCAAAGCUCUCGGCUGCCACGUCACAACAACCUGCUCGACCGCUAACGUUGAAUUGUGCAAGUCGCUCGGUGCAGACGAAGUCCUCGACUACAAGCAAGCGCCCGUCCUGGAGCAGCUGAAGAAGCAGAAGCCGUUCGACCAUGUCGUGGACAAUGUGGGCUCCCAAUUCGAUCUGUACUUCCACGCGCACGAAUACACGAACCCCAGCGCUAAGUACGUGUUUGUCGGCGCAUCGCCUGGCUUUGGCUUUGUCUGGGCUAUGAUGAAAGCCAUGCUGUUGCCAGGCUUCCUUGGUGGCGGACAGAGGAAGCUCGGGGUCAUGGCGGCGGUGCCGAAGGUGGACGACCUCAAGAUGAUCGGUGGGUUGAUGGCGGAGGGUAGGCUGAGGGCGGUCGUUGAUUCGGAGUUUGCUUUUGUAGAUGGUAAGAAGGCCAUUGCGAGGCAGAAGACAGGCAGAGCGAGGGGCAAGAUCGUGGUUACCGUCAACCAAGAGCUCGUGGAGCGGUGA